GUGGGCGUGUCCGCUGACGAGGCUGUUAUCCGGACUCGCUCUGUGAGUAGCUGUGCCCGGCCCUGUCAUGGCGCUGCCCAUCCUGUGCGGUGUGCUGGUACUGAUCUGCCUCCCGGCGGGGCUGGCCAAGAAGGGGGACGUCAUAGAAAUCACUGACUCAAACUGGAGGGAGAUCCUGGAGGGAGAAUGGAUGAUCAAAUUCUUUGCACCAUGGUGCCCUGCCUGUCAGAAGCUGGAGGUGGAGUGGAAAGCGUUUGCAGAAUGGGGCGAAGACCUCACCGUUAAUGUUGCAAAAGUGGAUGUCACUGCUCAAGCCGGUCUCAGUGGAAGAUUCAUCAUAACAGCUCUGCCUACAAUUUAUCACUGUAAAGAUGGUGUUUUCAGGAAGUACCAAGGAUCUAGAACUCACAAAGACUUCAUAAACUUUGUCAAUGAGAAGGAGUGGGAGAGUAUUGAGCCCGUGUCCUCCUGGUUUGAUCCGGACUCUCUUUUAAUGAAUGGUAUGUCAGCAUUGUUCCAGUUGUCCAUGUGGAUCAGGCAAUGCCACAAUUAUUUUGUGGAGGACAUGGGCAUUCCAAUCUGGGGAUCUUACAUUAUCUUUGCUUUGAUGACACUGUUUUUGGGGCUUAUUUUAGGACUGGCUAUGGUGUUUAUAGCGGAUUAUCUAUGUCCAUCAAAAAGGCACAGACCUCAGGGGCAGUUUUAUCCCAAAAAUCUAACCCCUGAAACUGCUAAACUGUUAAAGGAGCUGGAAGAUGAAGAGAAAGAUUCAGAUAAAGGUGAAAGCCACAUCAGGCCGGAGAAAAUAGCAAGGGACAGUAUACGGAAACGCGUUGUGAGCUAAAUCCUGCCUUUUUUAAAUCCGAAACCAGCGCUCUGCACCUCUCCGUUUACAUCCAAUCUCUGAUGGUUUCUUCCAGUCCAAUCCUUUUAGCUACGCCGACUUUAUCUUCCUGCUCUAAGUGGUUGAUUCCUUACCUGUCCCUUUGACGAGCCGCAGGCAACAACAAGAGUUCUCCUGUAAGGAAAAGACUGAUAACUCUGACUUAUGGAUGAACAGGUCUGCGUCUGCCUCCUUCAUUUCACUCAAUACAGCUUAUCGGAUAAAACAUUUUGUUUCAGGAAACACACUGGGAAUUUGCAGUUUACUCUCCAUUGUCUGGCUUACAGGUUCUCCUGAAACCAUCUUAUGUAUAGAGAUUUCAUUCUUUACAGGUUAUUCAUUUUUCUAAAGUUUCAAACCAUUGCAGCAUUUUAAUAUGGAAUCAUCAUGAACAAUUUCUAAUAUAUUCUAGGAUAUAUUGAUGAAUGUUUGCUACUUUCCAGUGUUGUAGUGUAAAUGAUAUUGAGGUUUUGGUUAAUUCCAGCUCCAGUCUGAGCAUUCUACAGACAGUCUAUCUAAAUGUUAGGAUCACUGACAGAGAGGCUGGAGAGGGAAUAAAAGUCACAAUAUCUUUUACAUUAAAUGGGUAUAAGCAUAUUCUACUACAGGGGCACGCAACCUGCACUUCCGAUGUUGUUGACUACAUCAGCCAUAAGCUGUCGAAGUAGUCCUUAACAGCUGGAGUGCAGAAGGUGGACUACAACAUAAAAUGUAUUUUUUUAAUUUAUAUUUCCACCGUUGAGUCCCUGGCUUCUUACCUACAUGAGAGUGCUCACUUUUUCUGUUUGAUUAGUUGCUUGCUGCCUGUAUAAAGGAACACUCCAGGCACCAUAACCACUGUAGUACACAGUAGUGAUUAUAACGCUGCUCCCCACGUGCGCUAAUCCAGGACGUUAUCAGCCAGUGCUGGGCCCGCACUGCAGGAGCUUCUGAUUUCCUGAAGGGUAAGAAAAGGUGGGAGUGGUGCCCUGGUGGACCCUAACUCAGAAGUCAAACCAUCCUAUGAAAACUUGAUUUUAUAAAUUGGGAGGCACCGUGGCACUCACUGUGGUAGUUAUGGUGCCUUGAGUUUUACUUUAAUUACAAAUGUUACAUUAUCCUAAUUUCUAUGGGUUUUUUCUGUCUGAUUCCCUUUUUAGGUACACUAUUACAAUUUUUUUUUUUAAAUAAUACUGGGUUAACAGUGUGAGCUGCAUCUGGAAUACAAGUCCCAUCAUUCACCUUAAGAUUGAUGGAUGUUGCAGUCCAGUUAAUAGUCAGUAUUUUUACUAGGAGAAUAUAAAAGCCAGACCUGAAUUUGAGAGCUAGCAAACUGCACUCACUGUGUAAGAUAGAGCGAGUGGAUUUUUUUGUAUUUUUGUAACAUGUUACCAUAGUAUUGAUAAUCCUUGUUUUGCUUCUACGGGAUCUAUUUUUGUUGUUAAAUAAAAUUUUACACACAA